AUGCGGGCUAGGUGUCCGGCUAUUGCAAAACUACGGAGGAUGCGAGGUUUGGAAGAAACUGUUUGGACUUUGCUGUAUACCGGGCAGGCGUGGGGGUUGGGGAGGGAAGAACCAGCUGAUGAAGAAAAGAAAGGCAUUCGUGUCCACAGAACACAUCCUAAGGCUCCUGAGUUGCUAACUCCAUCCCUAAUCACCUCGUUGUUGGGAACCAGCUGGAAAUGGAAAGAUCAGCGAGCCUCGGCGUGGGAUGAAGGCAGCGGUUUUGGCCUCAACCGCUGGCCUACACACCUGGCUUCCGGGACCCGCCCGAUCAAGCUGAACCCCCUCCCCUCCGGUCCUGCAGGUGAGCACACGGUGCUCUCACGUUUCUUCGAGAAACCUUCCAAUUCCUCUCCCGCCCCAAAAGUGCUAACUUCAAGGGUUCGGAGGUGGCAGAGGGGUGAUAGACCGGAAAGGACAGGCCCCGGGGUCUCAGGGAUUUUCGAGGUAGGAAAGAACAACGAUCGCCCCAGCCACGGACGCAUUUUCCCUCGCGGACCGCCCCCCCCCCACCCCCGCGCCCAGUCCGCAGGACCUGCCGCGGCCGCGCGGCCGGACCUAGCGGGUGGCCCUUUUCGGGCUGCCCCUCUCCGGGCUGCCCCCUCCAUCCCUCCGCGGAUCCCCCGCCCUUACCUCCGGGAGCGAGGGUGUCGACUGGAGAAGGUGCUAGGGAGCGGCGAGCUGCCUGGGGGUCGGGCUCAGCGGCUGCCAGGGACGGCGGGGUCGCCCGCGAGGUCGCUGCUCAUGGCUUGUCGCGCCCGAGCACUGCGGCCGCGGCCACGGCGGCGCCCUCCUCCUCGUUCUCUUCGCGGGCUUCCAGCCGGGACGCAGCUAACGCCUCAGCCCCGCAAGCCCUCCUCCCCUCCGCCUCCCCGGCCGCGGACGGAGCCGCCUCCAGCGCCGCCCCGCGCGCAGCCCGGCCAGCGGCAGCCAGCGCCGCCCAGCGCCCGGCCCCGGGGUCGCCACCGCCCGCCGAGUCAGCUCCGCGAUGCCAGCCCCGCUGUGACGCAGGCCGCGCUGCCCGGGAACUUCCUCCCCUGCAGAGACCACCUCGCUCCCGAGACUCGCCACGAGGGAUGCCGCCGGCCGCCGGGGGCUUUUUCCGGGACCAGGAGAGAAAUCCUCUCUCCGCUUCACGACGCGGCCACUCCCACCCCUGAGACGCCCACCUGGCGGGCUCUGCGGGGGGAUUCGGCUGCGUCUAAUACCACCUCCACCCCUCAUCCCUCACAACGCGCGGAAAACCACAGGCGGCUGUGCGCACAGCGUCGGCUCAGCCACCGCAGCUCCUCCCCUGGGAUGAAAAAGCAAACUCUGACGCCUUGAAAGCUGGCAGCUCUCUGUAUGGGAAAUCUCUGCCCAGUGAAAAAAUGUACCGACAAGAUUACUAAGUAACACAGUCUUCUGGGAAUGCCUUAUCAAUGCCAGCUAUUUGAAGAGCACCCAAAGUCAAACUAGUGCUCCGCGCUGGCAGUCUGGAAAAGACAGAUAUAUGUGAGUAGAGAAACUGAUAGACAACUAGUCGCUGGCCAGUUGGCCUGUUUUCAUACUACAAGCCUUCAGAAAGCAGUCGCCUCCUUUUACCACGUUUCUAUUUCUAAACCAAAAUGAAAAGGACGUUUGUUCAAAAGAUAUUCUCUUGGGCUUUACAUUGCUUUCCCCCUGCUCACUCAGCAAAAUCCUACACUUUUUUCCAAUUCCAGUGCUGCUGUUGGGUGUCCUUCCCAGAAGACAACCUUAAAUCCUCUUAAGCCUUAGGAGCUGAAUCUAACACCAGUCUUAAUUAACCUACAAGAAGACAAAAAUUUAGGUCGGGGCUUACCUCCUAGUCAGCAGAUAGGAAAAAUUCCUAGAGAGUCUCUGGGAAAAAGGCAAAGGCUAACUUUAGCAGUUUGCUAAAGAAAAAAAAAAAAUUCAAGUACCUUGUAAGUCACCACAGGGUAGAUGCAGCAAUACUCUCUAAGGUAGCUUUUACCUCUUCAAUUCUCUUACCUUACCUGAAUUUAAACACAGUGAGGCAAGUACCAAGGUCACAACCCUCCUGUGGAGAAUCUUAUUUUGCACGGGCUUUCUGAUACUCUUCUAUCUUUGUACCGUUGGCACCUGACCACAAGCUUAGGCAUCCCUGAAAUGCUCCCUUGCUACCCAGUGUCAAGGAACCAUUGAACCUUAGACUUUGUACUCAGGUGAACCAGGAUUAAAUCCCUACUCUUCCAGUGUAAACUUAGGAAAUUUGCUGUUCUUUUUAAUCUGCCCCCUCCCCCACCACCCACAUCCCCUUAUCAUCCCUAUAGGUAUAGCACUACAGGGUGCUGUGAGAAUUAGCUAAUAUGCUCAAAGCACCAAGAACAGUGCCAAUCACUUUGUAAGUAGUCAGUAAAUGAGAGCUACUAUUGUACUUAACUACUCUUCACUGAAAGCAAAAGAACCAGGAAUAGCAAAAAGGUUUGGAAACCUGGGAUCUGAAUCCCCUGCAAGUUGAGUCCACCCCAAGUUGCUUUAGUGCAAUACUUUUGGCUCCUCUGUGUCUGCCUUCUAAUUGGAUCAACUGGGUAGUUCUUCACGUGUAGGCAGGUGAUUCACAUGCACAUUAAUGCUUGAAAGCCACUAGUCUAAAAACUAUGCUACACUGCUUAGUUCACCUUUUCUUAUUUUGUAGCAUGUAAAACUUAAAUCUAGUGAUCUCACCUCAGUCCACCUAAUUCACAUUAACAUCCACACUUAGCAAGCUCUCUGUAAAGGACUGGUAGAAUUAGCAAUCAGUCAACUUGAGUGAGGGUCUUAGAGAAGUACAAGGCUUAUUUUCCGACUUCAGGGUGUUCAUAGUUCAUGGGAGAGGGAAUCAUGCAUACACACAAACUAGAAUAAACCAUUUUGAAGCAAAUGUGCUUGAAGUUCAGCACAUCUCCAGAAAGGAGACGGUACUGUGAGCUAGAUGAACUGGGUGCACAGUCUCCAUCUUGACCUUCCACUUUAUACCCAAUUCCUUAGGCUAAAUUUUGACAUUCUAAUUGGACUUCCAGAGUUAGUAGUUCCCACACUAAAGACUACGUAAUUACAAGUUAGCCAUGUACAGGUUGGUGAUAGAAGCAGAAGUAGAUAUUUCUGGGCUGUGCAGAGCUGUGGUAAGGGAUUUGGAAUGAAAUAGGUCUGGGCUUAAAUCUUGUAUCUCUAGCUAUGAACUUCAGUUUCCUCAUCCGUCUAUUGGAAUAUACCUACCUUUUAGGGUUAUGGUGAGACUUAGAAUAUCUGUAACCCCUCUAGUGGGUUGUAUGGUAACAGCAAUUAUGUUACAUUGUUGUUUUGUUGUUAGCUGUAAGAAAACUCAGGCUGGGCUAAGUUGUUCCUUGAAGGCAUAAUUAAUUAAUUAAUUAAUUGUUUCUGAGAUGGAGUCUCACUCUGUGUGAUCUCCGCUGACUACAACCUCCGCCUUCCAGGUUCAAGCAAUUCUCCUUGCCUCAUCCUCCUGACUAGCUGGGAUUAUAGGCGCCCACCACUAUGCCCAGCUAAUUUUGUAUUAUUAUUUUUUUUUAGUAGAGAUGGGUUUUCACCAUUUUGGCCAGGCUGGUGUCAAACUCCUGACCUCAGGUGAUCCACCCACCUUGGCCUCCCAAGGUGCUGGGAUUAUAGGCAUGAGCCGCCAUGCCUGGCCUGAAGGCAUAAUUUAAAAGUCACCUUCUCUAUGAAGCCUCCAUAGGUUCUAGGCAAGUGUAACUCUUCCUUCCUUGUGUGACCACAGCACUUACCAUGGUGUGCUCUCAUUUGUCUCUUUACAUGCCUCUUCACUACAGUCUGGGAGCCUCUCCAGGGCAGGGCUGUAUCUUGAUUCACUCUUAUGUCCAUUAUCAACACCCUGCACAGGACCUGAUACUAAAUAUUGAAAUAAUGAGUUUUUAAAUGUUUCAAUUUCUUGUAUUGGUUCUGACUUUCAGUAUAACUCAUUAUACUACAGGCUCUAAAACCUGAACCCUUUAGCUCAUAAAUAAUUCAUACUAAAUUUAUGUAUUAUGUAUAUGUAUCUGCUUAAACCUUGAUGAUGUCAAUGCUGGGAUUGUUCUUUCAGGCCAACCUGCUAUUCUUGUUUUGUUUUACAUUUGAUUUCAGUUGAUCUUGCCUGGUAAGAGUGCAAGUAAAAUCUACGUUCUAAACCAAAAUCAUCAGCAGGAUUUUACACUGCAUUCUCUAUCCACCCUGUGCACAUCUGCUCCCCAGACCAUUUCUGAGCUUUGUGGGAAGAGGCUGAGCUAAAAGAAAACGUUGUUGUUUUAAGUUUCAUCUGUUUACACUGUUGCAACUAUUAGCACUUUCUGAAUUAAUACCUGCAAGAUAAAUGCCACCUUUAGCAACAGCUUUGAAAUCCUUGACUCUAUGCCAUUAAAAAUGCUAAGACAGGGAAAAAUAAAACCUUCUCUAGAAAAUUCUUUUGCCCAGAAAGUUGCCUGGAGGUAAUGUCAAAUGUGGACUUGAUCCCAAAAUGGCAGUUGAAUUUGUACCAGAGGAAAUGGUGGUCUAUUGGGGCUAAAACUGAUACCCCAAAGUGAAGGAAUAAAAAGCAACCUCAGAAGCAAAGUCUCUGUCUAGUUUUCUCCUGCCCUCUUGUCUCUCACUCUCUUAUUCUCCCUUGAAGCAAGCCAUAGAAACUGGGAUCCUUCUUCCCCGAGGUGGGUCAUGUAAACCAGAACCUUUUCUCCAAAACCAGCCUUAAAGCCUAAAAAUUUCACUCUAAUCUUCUCCUUCCCUUCCCUUUCUCUUUCUUGCUAACUGCUGGCAAUAAAGAAAUUAAGACUCUCAUUCCAGUGGGGUCCUACCCCAUACCUGGGAGGAAGGAAUGUCAUCCCGAAAGGCCAAGAAGAAAUGUGAACAGACAGGCCUUGCUGGGUUUCACCAUUCAGCCUAUUAGCACUGGAUCAUACCCCUUUUGUCCAAUCAUAUUUCUAUACAGCUUUCCAUACUUCAUUGAAUCCAAGCAUAAAAAUGGGCCAAGAGCAGGUGGCUCAUACCUAUAACCUCAGCAUUUUGGGAGGCCAAGGUGGAACAUCACUGGAGCCCAGAAGUUACAGGUUACAGUGAGUUAUGAUCAGGACAUUGCACUCCAGCCUGAGCUACAGAGUGAGACCCUAAAUCAAAAAUAAAAAUAAUAAUAAAGGAAUAUUUGCCCCUAUAUCUUGGGGUCUUCAUUCUGAAGUCUCCUGUGUCACAUAAAACUAUGAUCAAAUAAAUUUGUUAUGCUUUUCUCUUGUUAAUUUGCCUUUGUUAGAGAGGUGUCAGCUGUUACUCUUAUGAUAGGAAGGAAAGGAAUCACCCCUUUUUGCUCCCUACAGCACCAAGGACCUAAAAAUAGGAUUCUAUAAAACUUUGAAUCAGAUUCUUCUAAAACCAACCUUAUUUAUUUUACCAUCCCAAGACAGAAUUGUUUGCUCCCACUAACUUGUGAAAUUUUCUUUGGAAAUAGUAAAGAAUAAACACUUAUGAGGUACACACUAUGUGCUAAAUGCAGGUUGAAUAUCGGUUAUCGAAAAUGCUUGGGACCAGAAGUGUUCUGGAUUUCAGAUUUUGAAUAUUUGCACUACACUUACUUACCAGUUGAGCAUACCAAAUUCAAAAGUCUAAAAUGCUCCAAUGAGAAUUUCCUAUAAGCCUCAUGUCAGUGUUCAGAAAAUUUGGAGCACCUCAGAUUUGGGAUACUCAAUAUGUAAUAGCUUUAUAUGCAUGGUCUCAUUUAUUCACCAUAGCUAUCCAUUACAUAGGCAGUAUUAUUUUCUCAUAUUGACAGAUGAGAAAACAGAGGCCCAUUGUAAUCCAGUAGCUAGCCAAAGGUCACAUAAUCAGUGAGUAGAAGAGUUGAGAUUUGGGUCUAGGCAAGUCUAUUUCAGGGUUGUCAUGCUUACUCACUACUUAAUCCUAUAGGAAAGGAGUAUUUAUUUUUAAAUGGAACCCAUCAGUUAUUUCAGUAAGGUUAAUAAUGUACUUUUUCAGUAUUUCAAAA